AUGUCAAAUAAUAAAAGAUUGAGACUUGAGAGGACUUCAGAUGAAAAUAUUAUUCGAAAUUGGUUCGAAAAUAUUAGUAGUGAAGAAGAAUCUUUUGGAGAGGAUAGUGAUUCAGAUGAGGAUAUUUUAUUUAGAAGUGAUCAUGAUACCAAUUCUGAAGAAGAGGCAACUGAUUCCGAAAUUGACGAGGCACCUGAAAAUGCCAAUAAUUUUUACAUAGGAAAGGAUGGAAUAACAAAGUGGUGUAAAAUAAAACCUCCUGUAAAUGUUCGUACACGUGCACACAAUAUUAUAACCCAUCUUCCUGGUCCUAGAAGAGAAGCACGCGGAAAUAAAUCUCAAAUUGAAAUUUUAAAUUUAUUUAUUGAUGAUAAUAUUACCAGAAUUAUAACGCACUGUACAAAUAUUUAUAUUGAAACAAUACGUGACAAAUUUCAGCGAAGUAGAGACGCAAGGCUGACAGACGUUACAGAAAUUAGAGCAUUUAUUGGACUAUUAUAUCAAAUAGGAUCCUUUAGGUGCUCUCGUAAAAAUAUACAUCAACUGUGGGAUAAUUCAAAAGGAAAUGGAAUGGAGUCAUGUUACUUGACUAUGAGUGAAAAAAGAUUUCGUUUUCUUGUAAGAUGUUUGCGGUUUGAUGAUGUGCGUGAUCGAGCGGCUCGUAAACAAUUUGAUAAAUUAGCUCCUAUUAGAGAUAUUUUUACAUUGAUGGUUGACAAUUUUCAAAAAUAUUUCUGCGCAAGUGAAUAUUUGACUAUAGAUGAGCAGUUAUUAGCUUUUCGAGGAAAAUGUCCAUUUAGACAGUACAUUCCCAGUAAACCGGCCAAAUAUGGAAUAAAAACAUUUGCUCUAGUUGAUCCUAAAACUGUCUAUACAUUAAAUUUAGAGACCUAUCUUGGUACACAACCCGAUGGACCAUACAAAAUUAGUAAUGCUUCUCGAGAUGUUGUUUUGCGAUUAGUUGAACCUAUUGUUGGAACAAAUAGAAACAUUACGGGUGAUAACUGGUUUACAAGUAUACCCUUGAUUACCAGUUUGAAAGAAAAGAAGUUAACAUAUGUAGGUACAAUUCGUAAAAAUAAACGAGAGAUUCCAAAAGAAUUUUUACCUAACAAACAACGAGUUGAAACGUCUACAGUAUUUGGAUUUCAAAAGGACUGUACAUUGGUUUCAUAUUGCCCCAAAAAAAAUAAAACUGUGUUGGCUAUCUCAUCUAUGCACCAUGACGAUGAAAUAGAUGAAGAAACAGGUGACAAAAAGAAACCAGAUAUUAUUACAUUCUAUAAUAGGACUAAAACUGGUGUUGAUUUAGUUGAUCAAUAUUGUCAAAAUUACAAUGUAGCACGUAACACAAAACGUUGGCCAAUGGUUGUAUUUUACAACCUUUUGAACGUGGCUGCCAUAAAUGCACUAUGUAUUUAUAAAUCUAAUAACAUGGGAAAUAUAAAAAUAAAAAGGAUCGACUUUUUACAAAACUUGUCAUGGGAACUUAUAAAACCACAAAUUAAAUUGAGAUCUACAAUAGAAACACUUCCAAUUGAACUUCGAAGACGUGCUAAACUUUUGUUAGGAGAAAAGGAAACGACAGUUACAGAGACAGAAAAACCAGAUGGAUCCAGAGGUCGAUGUUAUGAUUGUGGACGAGCGCGUGAUAAGACUACCAGAAGGUGGUGUUGUAAGUGUAAGAAAUGGAUGUGCGGUGAUCAUUUAAAAGACAUAUGUAAAAAUUGCGUAUUAUAA